AUGUCUAGGAGAAUGUGCGGUUGCAGGAAGGUCUACGAUUAUUCAGGCAAAACUGCGUGCCGUAGAAGAGCCGGGUUAGUGAGGGGAAACAAUUUGUUGGAUAAGCUGAAAGAUUUAUAUGAUGCUGCUUACAGUGAUGAAUCAAGCGAAGACGGCUCAGAUGUUUCGUGCGCCAGUUUGCUCAGCCUGGAAACAAAGUUUGAUAAAACUAUCAUGCAGAUUUUAUCUUCUAUGCAUUCCUGUUUCCAUUUCCAUUGGAAGAAUGGACCAAAAUUUCAUGGUUACAAACCAAAUUUGUGUUGUUCAGUCAACUACUUAACUUCCAGAAAAACUUUAGCGGCUAAAACUGACAGAGAUGAAAACCAGGAAGAGAAUAGCUUUAGUUUCAACGAUAGAUUUUAUCCAGAGUUUGAAAAUAAUUUUGAAAAUUAUAAAAAUUUUGCCAACCACUGUCACAAAAUUACCAAACGUGAUCAAAAUUUUAAUGUGACUCAAAAUAAUAAAUUUUUUAUUGAGGAUUCGAAACCCUACCUUGAUAACCAUUGCAGCUAUUACGAUAUAGUGAAGCCAAAUUAUUCUGAAAAAAAAAAAUAUUUUCAAAAAUACGGCUUGAAAAAUCCCGCUCAGUGGAUGAACACGAAGCAGCAGGGCCAGAAAUGUCUACGUUUCAAUCAAUCAUCCAAGCAACGACACCUAGGAACUCAGCAAUCAAAACCAAUUUUAAAAAAACAGUUCCCAGUGCACGGACGCUGUCAGGCAGAACUCAGUGGUGAAGAGUGUUCAGGAAAUGGAACUAGUGAGUAUGGGAAUAACUUAAAUAACAUCAAAAGUCAUUUGAAACAGCUGUUAUUAAGUGAAAUUUACAAAAUGAGACGGACUGAUGACAAUAAUGAUUCAAAUUUAGAAAAGUUAAAAAAAAUUGUUUCUAAUAAAAGCGUUCAAUUUGAUAUUUCCCAAACAAAUACGGAUAACUUACAAUCGAAAAUGUACGGAAAUGUUAGAAUGCCAGCGGAUUUGAAAAAUGAUCCAUCUUCAAAUCAACCAGAAAACAGGAUGUGUGAUGUAAGAAUGAACAAAUCAUUGGAACCUCAGUUCCGUAAUGAGAACAUGAUUUCAAGAAGUAAUUGUUCGUGCAGUCAAUCGAACGCUAGCAUGCCUUCAACUUUUAAUUCAGAUAAUGAAGAUACCACACAACAAAAACGAGAACUAUCAAAAUCUAGUGACAUAUAUAAAAACUCGUCAAACAGUCAAAAAGAUUGUGAACAAAAAGAAAACUUAAGGUCUCAAGGAUCGACGCCUAGAUUUGUCGUUAAAAAUCAGAGCUACAACAAAUGUAAAAAUUAUGCUACGGAUUACCCAGAAGCAUGUAACGAGCAACAAAACCCGCAAAAUGAUCAAAGAUUCAGAUAUCGUGAUAAUCCUGAUUUCACCGAAUCGUUGAAAAUUAGAAAACUUCUACCUGGCCUUAACGACAAAAGUUACAUCGAAAGUUUGAAGGCAUGCAGCAUUAAAUUCCAAAAAUUAAAUAAGAACCAAGUCCAAAAGAUACCCGCAAAUAAUGAGGCAAACGAUUAUAAACCCCACGAAACAAAUUUGUCAUCCAAAAAUGAAAAAAAUUACAAAAAUGAAUACGAAAAAUCAUUUUAUCAAAAAACAAGAAUUAAAAAAUUAAACAAAUGUGCUACAAAAACAAUUCGGAAAGACUGUAUAAGUCGUCCUGAUGUGAUCAUAAAUGAAGAGCAAGCGUCGCCCAUCGCAUCGCAACCAAAAAGCAUGUUUACCAAAACAAAGAAUGACGCCGAUUGUAGUAACUCCCUCAUUGAAGCUGAAAUUUUGUCCUCGUCAAAAAUAAUUGAUAAGAAAAGAAAUGAUACUAAUGAAAUUAAUUUAGUACGAGACUGUACUCAACGUCAUGAAGGGAAUGAACCAAUUUUUAAGGAUACAAAAAAGUUGAGACAAUCCCAAAACCAGAAGAGACACGGAAUUAAGCAAGAUCAAGAUGGGACAAAAUAUUUAGGUUGUGCAUUUGUAAAAGAGCAUUUGGAAAUAACCGAUAUUAGCGUUGAUUAUGAAGAAGAUUCAAAUGGAAGAAACAAAAAGAGAGACAGUUGUGAUAAAUUUUCUGUCAGAAGUAAGGCAAGUUCAAAAAAAUAUAAGAAGGAUAAAGUUCAUGAAGUUAAUGACCCAAUUCAGUGUCCAUUAUCAAUUUGCCAAAGAGAGCACAAAGCUCCUGAUAAUAGCCUUAUUGAGAAAAAAAAUCAAUUUGAAAAAUACGAUUAUUCAAUUAGAUGCACAAAAAUCAAUUUUCCGAGUUCAAAUAGAAAUGAUUCCGAUCAAACGAGUUUAGCAAGUUUCUCCGAAAGUACAAACUCUAAAACUUGUAGUUACAGAAGUAGAAAAAAAUUGGCUACCGAGAAAGCAGAAAAAUAUAAAUCGAGGGAUAGGUGUGAAGGUACCGAUGGCAAUUCGGGUGCCAAAAGGAACAACGACGACGGAAUUUGCGUAAUUCAGUUGAGUCGUUAUGACCCUCCCAACUGUAUCAAAAACUCGCCAGCCAUCGGUGGUAACAACGGAGGUUGUCCUUGUUAUUGCUGUACAAAUAAAACAUUGAAUGACAGUCAUAAAAAUAAUAAAGAAUGUUCAUCAGGCGUUAAAAAUGACAAUUUGAUUCGCCAAUUCGAUAAGAGAAGCAUGCCAAGCUGCAGUAAUAAUUUGCAUGGUAAAAAUUUAGUGAUAAAUGAGAAAAAAAGAGAAAACAAAGCUGCAGAUUCAGUUGCAAGAUGUGAUGAAGCUCAUUCAAUUGAUUCAUGUAUUGGUCAGUGUCAUAUAAAAUCGAAACGCACGUGCCAGAGUAGCAACUCGAAAGAGUAUUCACAUAAAAAUAACUUGAAUCAAUGUCAAACUGUUGCAGUUAUUAACGAAAAAAGAACACAAAGUGAUGCAAAAUCAAAUGUUAAAAAAUGUAAAUUUAACGACAUAACUAUAGACGGGAACACUGAAAAUCCCAAAAACUUUAGAAAUUCAAAAAAAAAUAAUUUGCACGAAACAAAAAUUUGUAAAGAUGAAGAAGACAACGACAACGAUGGUGAGUGUGAUGCCAAAAAAGUUAAGAGAAGUAGCAAUGAUGUCAACAAGUUUAAAAACUACAAAGACAAUAAGGAUUGUGACGAUGACGACGAUGAUGAUACUAAAGAUGAUAACGAUGAUGUUAGAGAAGAUAAGAAGCCUGAUGAUGGCUGUGACGAUUCAGAUGAAAAUGAUGAUGACGACUCGUAUCGCAAAAAUGAGCGUGACAACGACUGUGAAGUUUGCGACAAAAAUGUUCAAAAAACAUCGAAUGAAAGGUUGAAAAUUGAUAAUAUCUGCAAAAAUAAUGAAAAAAGCGAAAAGGUUAAAAGCGAGCAAUUGAAGGACAGUGGGUUAAAAAUUAGAACAGAUGUCAAAAAGAGAGACGAUGAUCAACGCAACCAAAAAGAUGAAGACAACGUAAAUGAAGCAUCUGCUAAAAAGAUGUGUUGCAAUAAAACUAAAACUAAGAAAUACAGUGCACACGCUUCAACAACUAAAACAUUGAAUAAUAUUUGCAGUGAACACGAAAAAAUAUGCUUCCAAAUGACAAAAUCUUUAAAUAAGGAAAGACAAAGAGAGUCAAAUUGCCAGAAGCAGUUAGAAAAAACCGAUAGCUGUCAACAACAUGAUAGAAAAAAGAGUUGUUCUAGUGAGAGUGAUAAUGAGAGUGUUUCUAGAAAUAGUAAAAACACGUCAAAAAUUACCCGCAAAUUAAAAUUAUGCAAAAAAUGUGAUUGCAUUAUAUGUGCAAUUGAAAAAUGUCUCGAUGAAUGGCACUCGAAAGUUAAGAUGAUUGAUAAUAUUAUUGAUUCUAGAGUAAAAAGUUCAUGCCUAAUCUCAUGCGAAAAUAAUGAUGAAAACAGCAAAGAGAUGCGCGACGAAACUACGCGUCGUGACAAUGAAAAAAUGACUUUGACUGAUUCCCAUAUGGAGGAAUGGCGUAAUUGUAAAAAAAUAGUAUCCAGUCGAAACUCACUUUUAGCAAAACAGUCUCAAUCAGUUUGUUCGGACUGUUUUUUCAGAGAUACCCUCUGCAAAAAAACAUCAGCUGAAAAGAGUAAUUUUUCCUGUUUAAAUAUAGAACAUCUAGAAAAUCUUGAAAAUUCACUGAAGAGCCUCGUUUGUAAGCAGGUACUUUCAACGCAAUGUUUGUCUUCAUGUGACAUCGCAUUGAUCAAGUCUGUAGCCAAGAAACUGCAUUCAUCUCUUUUUGACCAUCAUAAACUGCGUCAAAAAAUGCCAAACAAAAAUUGCACAAGCACACUUGGUAAACAAAGGCCCGAUGAGAAUGUACAAAAGGAAAACAGUCAGUUACCACAAUAUUGCCAGGAAAAUUUUAAAGAUUUGAAAGAAAAAAAUCGUGACCUCAUAAAUUUAACAAAAUCUCAAAGACACUGUUUCAAAAGUUUGAUAAACUCUGACGAUAAAAAAUCUCAAAUUCGAAAACGUUAUUUUGAUCGGACCUCGAAAAAAGAAUGUAAAUAUAGCUGUAGAAAUAAAACGUUUGAUACUGAUUGUUCAAUAAAAGACUGCUGCCCAAAGCUAAGUAAUUCGCGUCAAAAAUCUAAAAAUGAUCGGUGUUCAACUUCAAAAAGUAUUUUCAAAGCAAUAAAUGUGGAAGAUUAUUCAGGGCAUAACUUAUUACCUAAGUUUAGAGAAAAACCAUUUUGUCUUAAAAAGCAAUAUUCACAUGACCAGAAAAGUAUAAAUAAUAAAAACAGUUUUGAGCGUUGUAAUAAUCAUUCCGAAAAUAAAUUUCAUCUUUUGAAAAAUCUUGAAAAAAUUACCAAUAGUGAUUCAACGAUAAGCCAUGAUCACGAAAAUUAUUCACAUUCAGACUCUAGUUGUGACAUGAAAAAAGGAUUUAUUAGUCGCAAACGAUCAUCAGCAAAUAGUGGAGUUUUUAUGGAUAACAAUGAAUUCACAGUUUUUAAUUUUUUGAAAAAAUUCAAAAACCGUAAAAAGUUGAAAUGCUACAUAAACACAUCUGAUUUCAAAUUAAAAGAAACUCCUGUUAAACCAGCGACGUCAACGUUCAAGUGUGAAAAUUAUGUCUCUGAAUGUAAUUGUCCUCCAUAUGAUGCUGCACCUCAAACAGAUCAAUUGACGAAUUCUAGGUGCAAGUCAAUGGUAAAUUGCAGAUCAGAACAACUGAAAUCCUUAUGUCAAUCACCAGAAGAACAAAAUAAAUUUCGCCUACAAUGCUCAAAAGAUGUGUUCGUUGAAUGUCCCAGACUUUAUACAAACAACACUGAUACUUGUAGUUUUAACAAUCUAUCUUUCAAUUCAAUGUGUCCCGGAUGUCAUAACGAGUGUUGUCCAUUUUUGAGUAAUAUGAGAGAGUUUCAACCUCAGAUUUAUUUCACUCCACGUAUCAUUUACGACAAUUUCUGCGCAAACAACCAGAAUAUUCAAAAUAAAUAUUGGCCAAAUCAUUUAGCGGAAGAAAAUGUAGUUGGGCUCGAUGGAGGAGAUGAAAAUGUACAAAGUACAUCACAUAAUGAGGAUUCAGCUAGAAGUCAUCCGGUUGUUCACGGUAGAAACUGCGAGUGUUGCAUCUGCGAUGACGACAAAACCAUGACCGUCUGUCCAAGAGCAACACAUCAACACACCUUCUAA